GCCCCCGCGUAGAGCCGCCUUGCGGAGCUCAGUCGAGCUGGGAGAGGAAUGCGCUGGGAUGCGGAGCAGCACCGACUGCAGGAAAUCGACGCAACAACUCGCACAGUAUGGACAGUAAUGAUCCGUAUUUACACCUCAACUCUACAGGGCCGAUGAGCACAACCCACACCCACCUGCCUUCCAUGGGUGGCAUGGUGGGCCACCCAUCAGUCAUCAGCACCUCCAGGCCCCUACCAUCUGCCAUGUCCACCUUGGGCUCUCCAAUGAAUGGCCUUGCUUCACCCUACCCAGUUAUUACAUCAUCUUCGAGCUCAUCCUCUGUAUCACUGCCAUCCACACCCAACAUGAACUUUGGUCCACUUGGCAGUCCACAGAUGAACUCUAUGAAUAGUGUUAGCAGCUCAGAGGACAUCAAGCCUCCACUGGGCCUACAGAACCUGGGAAACAUCAACUACCAGUGUACGAGCCCUGGGGGGAUGUCAAAACACAUCUGCGCCAUUUGUGGGGACCGUUCAUCAGGAAAGCACUAUGGUGUGUAUAGCUGUGAAGGAUGCAAAGGCUUCUUCAAGAGAACUGUCCGUAAAGAUCUUACCUACACAUGUCGAGACAACAAGGAGUGCCUCAUUGACAAACGCCAGCGAAAUCGCUGCCAAUACUGUCGCUACCAGAAGUGCCUGGCCAUGGGCAUGAAGAGAGAAGCGGUGCAAGAAGAGAGGCAGCGUGGGAAAGAGAGGGGAGAGAGCGAGGUGGAGUCUACCAGCAGUUUCAAUGAGGACAUGCCUGUGGACAAGAUCCUGGAUGCUGAGCUGGCUGUGGAGCCCAAAACAGAGACGUACAGUGACGGCAGCCCUGGAAACUCAACCAACGACCCUGUCACCAAUAUCUGCCAAGCAGCGGACAAGCAGCUAUUCACCUUGGUGGAGUGGGCCAAAAGGAUCCCGCACUUUUCUGAGCUCCCCCUCGAUGACCAGGUCAUCCUACUGCGAGCAGGUUGGAAUGAGCUGCUCAUCGCCUCAUUCUCACAUCGCUCAGUUACAGUAAAAGAUGGUAUCCUGUUGGCGACGGGUCUCCAUGUCCACAGAAGCAGUGCCCACAGCGCUGGAGUGGGCUCCAUUUUUGAUAGAGUUCUGACAGAAUUAGUAUCUAAAAUGAAAGAUAUGCAAAUGGAUAAAACAGAGCUGGGCUGCCUUCGAGCUAUCGUCCUCUUCAACCCAGAUGCAAAAGGUCUUUCAAACCCACCAGAGGUUGAGGGGCUGAGGGAAAAAGUCUAUGCAUCGUUGGAGUCAUAUACAAAACAGAAAUACCCAGACCAGCCGGGCAGGUUUGCCAAACUGUUGCUCCGCCUGCCUGCCCUGCGCUCCAUCGGGCUGAAGUGCCUGGAGCAUCUGUUUUUCUUCAAACUGAUUGGGGACACACCUAUCGACACCUUCCUGAUGGAGAUGCUGGAGGCGCCUCAUCAGAUCACAUGACACCAGUCUCUCUCCCCCUCCCUUGUAUAUACUCCCACAUUGUCAUCGAUAUGAAGAAAAGACUUGAUUCAUAUUGUAAAACAGCAUAUUUUGUACCAAGCAAAACAAUGUAAUUAAGAAUUUAAAAAGUAUUUGGAGGUAGUGGGGAGCGUGAGAUGGAGGUCUGAGUACACUGUCACUGAAUUCUAAUAAAAAUGUUAACAGAUUUUGUUUGUAACUAGAUGAUUUCAGCUGUCUGUUUUAAAAGCAACCCAAUGCAAUUUGAAAAAGAACAAUAUUUUAUUCAAAGAGGACUUGUAUAAAAAGAGAAUUCCCUGCAUUUCUUAAAACACACUUAA